GUAAACAGUCACACAGUCGCAGAAAGUAGGAGAAAAGAGACAAAAGGCAAUGAAAAAGAUGUAAAAAUGAAGAAAACGAAGCACAAGUGGACAAGACAAGAGUGCAGUGAAUCAACCCCAGGGCCCUUCUCGCUCUGCUGGCUGAGAGGUUUGUUUUGCUAGUGUCCAAGAGCCAUUCCUGAGAACUGAAACUGAUAAUUUCACUGCCCUUGAAUGUGUAUAUGCGCGUGUCUGGAUGGGCAUUCUAUUCUGGGUUUGAUUUGAUCUGAAUAUGCUCUGAACAAGCGCAGGAAAGAUCCCGUUAGGGAAGAAUUUUGAUUUCUGUUGUUUGUCUUGGAUUGGCAUUGCUACUAGAUCAGGACAAUGAUGGAGUCUCCGAUGAAUCGGUACGAGAUAAUGGAGCAGAUUGGCCGAGGAGCUUUCGGAGCCGCCAUUCGCGUCUAUCACAAGCUGGAGAAGAAGAUGUAUGUUUUGAAGAAGAUUCGUCUGGCUAGGCAGACGGAGCGUUCUAGGAGAUCUGCUCACCAAGAGAUGGCUCUCAUUGCUCGGAUUCGACACCCCUACAUUCUUGAAUUUAAGGAGGCCUGGGUCGAGAAGGGUUGCUAUGUCUGCAUUGUUACUGGGUACUGUGAAGGUGGAGACAUGGCUGAAUCGAUGCGAAAAUCAAGUGGUCAGUACUUUCCCGAGGAGAAACUGCGCAAGUGGUUCACUCAACUAGUAUUGGCAGUUGAGUAUCUGCAUGCAAAUUACGUGUUACAUCGAGACCUAAAAUGUUCCAACAUUUUCCUCACCAAAGAUCAAGAUAUUUGCCUCGGGGAUUUUGGACUUGCCAAAACUUUGAAGUCAGAGGACUUGACCUCUUCAGUAGUUGGAACUCCCAAUUAUAUGUGCCCUGAGUUACUUGCAGAUAUUCCUUAUGGUUUCAAAUCUGAUAUUUGGUCCCUAGGUUGUUGCUUGUACGAGAUGGCAGCUCAUCGCCCAGCUUUUAAAGCUUUUGAUAUGACAGGAUUGAUAAGUAAGAUAAACCGAUCAGCCAUUGGUCCUUUACCUUCCUGUUAUUCACCGUCAUUGAAAACACUUAUCAAGGGCAUGCUAAGGAAGAAUCCUGAACAUCGGCCAAGUGCAUCAGAUAUUCUGAAACACCCAUAUUUGGAGCCUUACGUCAACCAAUACCGCACUGGACUGAACCCUCUUGAAUCCUGUUUUCCUGAGAAGCCUAUUUCUAGUGCUCUUGAUGCUAGGAAGAAUUUAGUUGAGAGCCAAAGCAGUAAUGAUUCUUACACUGAUAGAGACAACCUCAUGUCAAGUGAGAAAAACACGGUGGCAGUGACAUUUGAUUGUGGUAAUGAUGUUACUGAUGCAGUUUUGGUUUCUAUUCACGAUGUUGGCAGUCAGCAGUUGGUACGAAGUGAUGAAAAAAAUGGAACUGAUACGUUCACCUUCAAAAUGGACGAAGAAGUGAUGAAACAUUUGCGUACUAAACAGAGAUCUAAUUUUGAAUCCAAGCGAUUGAAAACUGUGGAAAAAAUGACGAUAGGUUCCAGAGAAGAAAAAGUAAGAGAAAAAAAUACUUCCCCGAUGAGAGGCAAUCAUACAAGGCCCGGUGGAGUGGGGACCCAGAGACAUAUUUGUGAACCAUCCCCUGAAGUUCCAAAACCUGGUACAGUUGCUCCUGUUUUCAAGGGUAAUGUAGGAACAGCUUCGGCACAAACAAAGGCCAGCUUUGAUUAUGUGAAGCGAUUUCAGGGAUCACACCCGUCGAAGCAUCAGAAGGCUAAACCUAAACAUGAUGGAAUUCGGCCCCCUGGUCUUGCAAGGCAUGUCGAUGAAGAUGCUCUUCCUGCGAACCCAUUGCUGAAAACACCUCCUAAUCUGGUUCAAAGAUUAACAUUUCCAGGAAGGAUUAAGCAAAUUGGGAUUAACUCUCCAAGUCCAGAGGCUGAUACCAUGAAGGUUAGUCCAAGUGGGACAUCUCAAGAUCAUGAGUCAACUUCAAAUACAGUUUCUAAUGUUUCCCCAAUCCAGUCUUCAGAGGAGAUUGAGCAAGAACCCGAUAAAACUCUAGUGGGAGCUUCCAAAGGAAUACAAGUAGAUAGAAGCAAUUUUGUUUCAUCUUCUGUGUCAGUUCAAGCAUUUGAGUUUUCUGACGAUGCAAGAGCUGCUCUUGCUGUCUUGACAGAUCACAUACCUCCCGAUCAUGAGAGAGUUGUCGAACCUGAAAGUUCAAAAUCAACCAGCUCGAUAGUUGCUUCCUCCUUCCAAUCCAACAUACCUGUGAAUUCAUCAAGUCAAAAGCAUGGCCAGAAUAAUACUUCUCUACCACUUGAGAUCUCUGAGGCUCGCUUAGAUCUCGAGGCCAUUACUGCUGAUAUAGGCAAUGCGACUCCAAAUGCACCUUUGGAGUUCCCAAGCCAGCAUCCUGAAGAAACAUCUUCUUGUAAGACUGACAAUCCUUCAACAAGCCCCGGUACUAGGCCUCUUGAGAUCCCAAACUGGCAUUUUGAUGUGACAUCUAUUUCUAAAGAUGUUAACCCUUCGAGGCAGUCCAGUUUUGUCUCUGAUACUGUUUCCCAAUUACGCCUCACCUCUAAAUCAAAUGGCGAUGACAAGUUUGCUUUGAGAGAACUACCAUCGUCAGCAGCAGAUUCUAUAGCUUCCCCCGCCUCUUCUCCUCCGUCCAGCCAAGAGAAUUUAAUUACAGACAAAAGAACUGUCUCACAAAAUUCAACGAUCGAGAGGCCAGGUGCUAUACAUCUUCCUCAGGCCUUUGAUGAUGUGAUACACGUCAUAAGGCACAGUAGUUUCCGAGUUGGAGGUGAGCAGCCACUGGUAGGAACAGAUGCAGGGAAGCCGAUGAAUUCAGCAAGGGACGAAAUGCAGAUAACAAACCUUGUGAAUCCUGCUCUGAGAUCAUCUGGUUGCUCUGAAACUACGAGUCUGAAAUCAAAUCUGUCUGAUAACUCCGGCAUCAAGGAGCUGGAAGUCGAAAAUCCCGCAUCUUCAAAUCCGUCAAGUGAAUCUCUUGAGCCUGCAAAAGCUGGAACAGGAAAGGUAGCACCAGCAAAAGAAACUUUGGAUGUCAAGUCUUUCAGGCAGAGGGCAGAGGCCCUGGAAGGGCUAUUGGAAUUGUCUGCAGACUUGCUGCAGUCAAACCGGCUGGAAGAGCUAGCAGUUGUGCUGAAACCUUUCGGGAAAGACAAGGUCUCGCCGAGGGAGACAGCGAUCUGGUUGGCCAAGAGUCUUAAAGGGAUGAUGCUCGAGGAUUCUUCAUAGACAAUGUGCAUUGCUGGUAUCAACUAUCUGUUCAAAUUUCUUCCCAGCAUUACAGGCUAACAACCCAUUCAAGUUCUUCUGAAUUUGUAAACAAAACCAUGUUUCAUCUUCCUGUUGUUUGUUGUGAAUCUUUCAAUGCUGUGCAAUGUUCUAGCGACCAUGUAAAUUAAAUAAGACUGGCUUCCAGCUCCAGACAAGUUUAAAGAAAUUGUCUCUAAGGUAUAGGAUUCUCAGCAGUAGCUUGUUCUCUUGGCUGAUUAAGAGCUCUUAAACAAUGCUGUCAAUGAGGAAUUGAUCAUGUAGCGAUUCUAGAAUAUAAACACACUUGU